GAGAUGGACAUGUGAGCGCACCUCGGCCAUCAGAGGGCGGGUUUGUGGCGUUGUGUGCGCAGCGUGUGGAGGCUGCUGCUGCUGCUGCUGCUGCCGCUGGUGAUGGUGAUGGUGGUGAUGAUGAUGAUGAUGAUGGUGAUGAUGACGACGACGACGGUGAUGAUGAGAGGAGCGGCAGACGCACAGACCUUUCAGCGGGGACCCAGUGUCUCGGACGCGACUUUAAAUCUGCGCAAAGAACCACAACAAACACCGACCUCGGGCGUCAGUUUUGAAUGCGGUCGCCCGCGUCGCCUCGUCGACACCCGCAACUCGGCCGGCGUUGCUCUCUGAUGACAGCGGACUCGCCAAACAAAGGACGGAGUGACCUGAAAGUGCGAGAGAGAAGUCCGCCCCCCCCCCCCCCCCCGAACGGAUCCCGCGGCGCGAUGGGGUCGGAGCUGAGGAACACGUAACCGCGCAGAAGUCGCCCCGAUCCAUCCCGUUGUUACGGUAACUGGGGAAGUUGAAAAGGCGUUUUUUUUGUCUUCUUUUCUUCUCCUUCUUUUUUUGUUGUUGUUGCUCUUCCUCCCCCCCCCCCGACCCCCCCGACCCCCGACCGCUGGGAUGUUGUGAGCGACGCGUCGCCGGGACAGACACACCUGCGUCGCAGGGCGCACAGAGAGAGAGAGAGAGAGACCCAGGACUGGGACGAGCACCGGAGGGAUUAUGGCUCUCGCAGCGGUCCUCCUCAGCCUCGCCACGCUGGCGCUCACCAACCUGCACCUGUCGAGAGCCAGCGACCGACACGCGGUGUACUGGAACAGCUCCAACCUCCUGCUACGGCGGGAGGGAUUCACGGUGCAGGUCAGCGUCAAUGACUACCUGGACAUCUACUGCCCCCACUACAACACCAGCCAGCGCGGGACGCUAGAGCGAGUCAUAGCCGAGCAGUACGUCCUCUACAUGGUCAGCUACCGUGGCUACCGCACCUGCGACCCCCAGCUGGGCUUCAAGCGCUGGGAGUGCAACCGGCCGCACGCGCCCCACGCGCCCAUCAAGUUCUCGGAGAAGUUCCAGCGCUACAGCGCCUUCUCGCUGGGCUACGAGUUCAACGUGGGCCAGGAGUACUACUACAUCUCCACGCCCACCCACCACCACGGCCACAGCUGCCUGAGACUGAGGGUCUACGUCUGCUGCUCCACCGUUUCCCAGGCAGACGAGGACUCCAGUCAGACGUCUCCCGUCUACACAGUCAGGCCAAACAUCAAAAUACACAACCUCGAUGAAUUCAACCCCGAAGUUCCCAAGCUGGAGAAAAGCGUCAGCGGCAGCAGCCGCUCACGUGACCGCCUUCUUCUCACCGUGGCAAUGCUGCUCGUGUCCGCCGUGCUCCUGUCCUAGCGACUGUCACGGAGUGUGACACUUCCCGCGUAGCUGGGCCGCCUUGUCCGAAGGGCUCUGUGUGCGCCUGUACCGCUUGAAGUUGUUUGAUGUGAAAGUUAGCAGAGAACUCCGAGGAGAGUCUAGUAGAGGUAACGACGGGGCCGCAAUUGAGGGAACGCGGAAAAACAAAAUCCCUUGAACUUAACUUAUGGAACUUUUUUUUGCCGUCAUAUUUACACGCUGUGUGUUUUUUUGACACUCCGUGUGCCGUUGGACAUUAUUAUCAUAUGAACACCGGAGCAUCUCGUGCAGGUGUGUUCACCGCAACACACGGAGGCCACGACCAACAUUCAGAAACACAGCGUCUGUGCUGCUGCUGCGCCUGAGAGGCGGCAGGCGAGGGGAGAAAGUGGACACGCUCUCAUUGUAGCAUGGAGAUCGAAUCACCUGAGGAAUUCAGGGAGGUGAAGAAGGUGGCAAAGUCUAACACGGGCUGACUUUUGCUGUGGAAUUAUUUUGGCCUUGGACCGCGGACCAAGUACGCAGAUGGAUUAAACGCCGCUUUGAUGUGGUAAAGAGCAAGUUGGACUCUGGAACUGUGCUGAUCUCUCCUGGACUUUGCAGGAUAAUCACAACGUCAGUGAGCGAUGAGAACUGCUGCCACUGUCCCGGACACUGAGGAAUGUUUUCACACUGGAGUGAGGGAGGUGUUGGUAAUAAGAGCCCAGGGUGUUUCUUAAGAAGAAGGAAAGACUUUGUGAGGAUUUCCACACGCCUUUCAAGGAUCCAUUUUCUCCAGACAUCAAAAAUACCCCUGGCUUUGUGAUAGGUACCGAUGCAAAGCCCGCGUUUCUUAGAAGAUAGCGAGUACCCUCCGAGAACUAGUCCUUUGUCUGCAUUUCCUGCCUUCACACAACCCUAGAAAAAUACAGACCCUGGACUAGUAAUUUGACGGCACUUAGAUGUGGUAGACGUAUUAGAUGUGUGUUUUGUUCCGAUGCAUUUACCUUCAGCACUUGGCGUAGAUUUUGCCAGAUGUCAGGCGUUUUUUUUCUCCUCGCAGCAGUCAGCAGUCAUUCAGAACACCGCUGAUUUACAAUUCUUGAAAAGAAAAAGAAAAAAAAAGAACUCUCUCGGUAGCAAGUUCCCUUUUUAAUCCCAGACGACCCUCAUCUAUUCCUUUUUCCACUUUCCCAGCCAGUCAGCGCUGAUGGCCAUUACAGCGGUGACAUUCACCAUGGAAACGACCCCAUACAGUCGCCAGAGUGCGGCAGGUGCCUGAGGAGAAAUAGUGCUUUGAGUCUCAAAGUGACGCUGCCGCCAUUUUGUUAAAAAAGAAGAAGAAAAACCGAAACAAACAACAAAAAAAAACAAAAAAAAAACACCCACGUGUGAAUGUGCAAAUAAAGUUCACUUUUUUUUAUAUUGUAAUACAGGACAAUGUAGGCUGGCAUUAAUCAGAUUACGAUGUUGUGCUUUUUUAAAAAUGUAUUUACUUUACAAAAUGUAUUUUAUUUUAACAUUCAAAUAUAUUAUUUAUCUACCUAAUUUAUUUAGUGUGCAUUUGUAGGCCUUUGCUCAAUAAGCUCUUGUGCCAUUUUUUUAUUCGUUUUUUUUAAAAACAGUGCAAUUUUUACCGCAGCAUUUUGCUUGUGUAGAUAAAUAGUCCGAUGUAAUUCAGCCUGGCAGAAAGAGAGGGUUAUUGGUUAUGACUAAUCAGUGGGGACAUACACUCGGUUACCCUACUCUCAUGUAACAGAUACUCGCUAACCAGAUUAUGUUGCAGAAGGCCAUGUCAUAACCCAACUGUGAAUGCACAGACAGAGCCGACGUUGAUGGAAGGGCAGCAUUCCUCAAGUGCUGCACUUGCGAAACAAAGGAGUCUGCAUUGUAAUGUAUAUUUAUAAUACAUGCCGGUUAUGGAAUGUGCGUCUGAGUGUGUGUGUGUGUGCGCGCACAAGUGUGUAUGAGUCUGUGUGUGUGUGUGCGCGUGGCUUUAUCGGCCUGUUUUUUCUGCGUGUGAGUGUGUAUGGGAGUGUGCAAGGAGAAAAAAGAACCUGUGUGCACAUUUGUGCGCGCGAGUGUGUAGAAUGUGUUUGUCCGCGCUUUUCCAGUAUGUGGCAUUUAGACAUUUCGGACCCGUAAAGGAGUCGUUCGUAGGAUCUGAAUAUGCAAGUGAGAGAAUGUGCUCUACUGUAAUGUUGGUUUACGUUACGGGAAUUUGGGGAAGCGGAAGAAAAGCAUUUACUGCUGUUGAAGACAACCACAAGAAAUGUGUUUAACCUUCGGCAAGAAUGAAUAAGACAACUGUAAAUUGAACCAAGAAGAAUGAUUAAAAACAAACGGCAAUUAAAGUCUUUUUGCAAAUUUA